UGUGUGUGUUCAGACUGGGAGCAGCAGGAGGAGGAGGAGGAGGCAGUAGCUCUUGAGUCAUGGGGUUGUCAGAUUCCUCUGGGUGCUCGUCUCCAUCGGCUGGUGGGAGUACUCAUGUUUAAGUGCGUCUUUUUUUGUCCUCAAGUGUUUUUUAAAAAGAAGCGGGUGUGGAGAAAUGGAGGGAAAGUGUGCACUGUGAACCAAAACUAUCAGCUUACACGUACACAUGAAACAACUUGUUUCAUGUAGCUGGAAGAACCGCUUCAAGGGGAAGAAUGACCCAGGCUCACGUCCUCAUUCCUGGUAUGCCUCGAAGCUGACAGAGGAGGAGCCUCCUGAGAGAGAGGCUACCCAAGCCCCAGUCUGGCAGCCAAAGCAUGAAGCAAGGCCCAAAGAGUCGUCCACUCAAGGAGAUCAGAACAUUCAGCAUCAGCAAACCAGUCAGAUCAGUUCAGUGAAAAACAUGGAGAAACUUGAGCGUCCCUCACAUCCCUACCCAGCAGGUCGUCUUUCCCCAAAUAAAUACACCAGCAGUGCUGAGCCAAUCUGUGGACUGGGACCAGGCAAGAGGGACUCUGGGUUUAGCUGCUUCUCAAGUGGCUCCAGCCCCCCUGUUCAUGACCUUAAUGCAUCUGGUAGAAAGGGAACAAGCACUGAAAGCAUUUUCUUCAAGGGUGUUCACAAUGAAGGACCUCAGCAGAAUGAGCGGCCCAGAUAUCUGCAGCCAACACUGGGGAACGGAGGCUGGAAGGAGCAGCCAGCAUCUCGUGUUUCCAUUGCAGGGAGACCCAACGUAGGCCCAGUGUGGCAGGUACCAGACAGGAAAAAGUCUCAGUCUCCUCCUCCGCCACCUCCUCCCCUGCGUAGUGACAGUUUUGCAGCUACAAAGGUGUUUCCAUACUCUGAAGGUCCAGCAAAAAGCCACGGCACAUCAUUUGAAAAACUGCCAGAAAGUAACCACCACAAUGGCAUCAGAUCCCAUCAGGAGAAAUCCUCAGAAACCAGACGUAGCUUCAACCCAAUACCUGCCAAAGACUUCCUCCAUCCAAACAUGCCGGCUGAUUACAACCACAACCAGCUUAACCCCAACAAACACUUCUCUUUGUCCAGCAGUGAUGUCAGACAGUUUCAUUACACCCAACCACCUGCCCACCAGAGGCAGUUCAGUGAUGAAAGUCCCUUCUACUUCCUGCAGACUGGAAAGGCUCCUCCCACCAAGACUCAAAGUGUAGGAAGCUACUACCGCAGCCUCCAGGAUCUGCCCACAAAUGCUUUCAGCCGCAGGCAGAUUCCGCACUCUGCAGCAUCCAUGGUAAGCACUGCUACAAACCCAAACCUGGAGAGUGGAGGGCAUAAGAGAUACUAUGGUCUUGCAAGUAAGACUGCGCAGUACAAGGCUAGGCAGGGCAAAACUGAAAGCCGGAUGACAGAAACAGAGAAACACCACUGGGUGAACAGCAAUGAAACAGGGUACCCAAGUUCUCUGAAGACUAACACUAAGGCAAAGUACUCACUGCCUCAGUCCCAAAUACCUUAUAUUGAAAAUAAGGAAUGCCAUACCUAUUCCCACUUUGGGAAUGGACUUCACUACAACCACCAGACCUCUGAAAUUUCUGUUCAAAGACGUAGUCCAGAGGAUACUGCAAAGAGAGGUGAAGGUCACACUAAUGACAUGAAAAUACAGUUUCCAGUACAUCAAGUCAAAGAUCACAAGGCUAAUCUUCCAAGACAUCAAGACCCAUGGGUCCCUCAAGAAGACCAACGAAUAACCGCCCUGAAAACUCCACUCCUCCACUCCCUGACUCUGGAAAACAAGACUCUGGCAGCAACAACCACAACUGUCUUGUCCACCCAGGACACCAGUGACACCAUGGCUGCUAGCAGUGGAAAAGCAAAUCGCCGCAGUGACCGUUAUGCCACCACCCUUCGGAAAGAGAUCCAGCAGAAGCGAGCCCAGCUGCAAAAGAGCCGCAGUGCUGCAACUCUGACUUGUGAUGCAGAGGAUGAGGAUGCAGAGGAAUGGAGAUCUAUGGAAGCUUCUGCAUCUUCUGCUGCUUCCUAUUCAAAUACUUACAAGGACCACCUGAAAGAGGCGCAGGCCAGGGUCCUCCAGGCCACUUCCUUCCAGAGACGAGACCUAGAACCCCAGGGACCAGAGGCCUCUGUGCUUAAAACCUCAAAUGGGCGCACUAGAGGACGUAAGCGAUGUCAACUGGCAAAGAGGACGCACUCGUUUUCAGAGCCUGACAAAAUAGACAAAGUGGGAGUGGAAGGAGAAUCCCAAGCAGGCUCAUUUGGGGAGCGGAGGAAGUUCUUUGAGGCGAAACCAGCCUUUUCCAGGCCUGUACUGAAGUCAAGUCAGAGUGCAAACUCGAACACAGACCUGGAUGAGUCGGGCAAACCCAAAGAGAGAGCACCUUCUAUAGGGUCUGUUGAGCCUCCUCCAUCCACAGACCCCAACCACCUCAACCCUGGACAUAACGAAGUCUUACUAGAGCAGCAGAGGCUCGGAACAUUUGCUGAGUAUCAGGCCACAUGGAACAAGCAGAAGAAGUCAUCGGAAGGCAAGACGCAAGGGCGGUAUCACUCAGCGGAGAAUAUCUUAGAUGCAGGUGCAGAAGAGAAGGCCAUCUGCAUCCAUGAGAGAUCCAGAUCUUCGCCUUCUGCAGACUUCUAUACACAGAAAAUUCCUUCUUCUUGGAGAGACACUCAGGCCCAAAAGGGCAGUUUAGCUACCAGAGUGAAGUCGGAGAGUCGGAGUUAUGAGCCUGACAACAGCCCACAGCUGGUCGAGGGCCCCUCCCCAGGGCUCCCUGACCAAAGGACAAAUCCCGCUGCCAUUCCCGCCCACACCACACUGUCCUCCGGCCCUCGCAGCCUCAGCCCCAGCCCUGGUUCCAAGCACCCAGCCCAGCCGCCACAAACCCAGAGCCUCCUGCCGCCACCCAGGCCCCAUUUAGGCCUAGAAACCACAUCCUCCUCCCAGGAAUUCCUCGCUGGCGCCCAGGCAGACCCGGCUGGAGUCCAGCCUCUGUCCAGCGCUGCCUCUGACACCCAGCACCAUGCUGCCACCUCCACUGCCGCUGCUGAUCAGGUCUCCUCUGCUGGCCCCGCCUCGGCCAGCUCCCCUCGCCUCAGAGAGAUGUCCUGUGCAGACGAGAGCAAAGCAGCUCAAGGACAUGAAGUGAAGGAACAGCCGGCUUCACCUUCUCCUUCCUCAUCCCCUCUCUCCUCCUCCACCUCCUGCACGGCCCCUCUGCCUCUUCCCGGGCCCGAUGGAGCACGGUCCCCCUCGCCACAUUUUGCGCCACUGAGGCUGACUGACAGACCGCCCGCCGCGUCUGUGCAGAAUGACUCACUGCUCAGGUCAGAUAGCGAAUCAAAGCGCCCCGCAGUGAUGGACGUUAGCGGUCAGGUGAGGAAAGUCCCCGUGAGGAUCGUUCACGCUGAGAGCAGCACAGGACGCGAGGGUCGAGCCUACCUGCGUCAGAACAGCGGGUCCUGCAGCCUGUCCGAGCUGCCACCACGCAUCCCUUCCCUGGGCGCCGCGGAGCGCUUGUCCUCAUCUCGGUUCAGCACCUACAACCGCCAGGCGGCACAGGAGUCAGCCCCCGAAACCAGUUCACCUGGGCCCCAACAUUCAGAGGAGGACGCCAAGAGAGAGGAGCUGGUGAGGGACAUUAUGGGUAAAGACAAGUCUCUGGUGGACAUACUGGACCAGAGUGGCAGGAAGACCACCAUGGACCUGAUGGAGGGGCUCUUCCCACCAGAGGAGGAGAUCCUGGAGGGGGCCCAGCAGCGCAGGAAGGCCUCAACUGGAUCCAGACUGCUCACAUCGUCCCCCAGGAGCACAGACAGAAGGGAGGAGGAGGAAGUGUCUGUGUCAGCAGCCGCCUCACUAGUCCCCAGCUCCUCCUACUAUAACACGUCCGCUCCUAAAGCUGAGCUCCUCAUCAAGAUGAAGGACAUGCAGGAGCAGCUGGAGGAGCAAGACUCAGAGGAUGAGCUGGAUGUUGAUCUGGUCAAUAAAAAGCAAGAGCUGAUCUCCAGCCUUGCGAAGAAGCUGGAGGUCCUGCGGGAGGCAAGGCAGAGCCUGCAGGAGGAUGUGGAGGACAAUGAGGCUCUGGGCCGUGAGGUGGAGGCCAUCGUGCAGCGCGUCUGUCAGCCCAACCAGCUCGACAAGUUCCGCAUGUUCGUGGGAGACCUGGACAAGGUGGUGAGCCUGCUGCUGUCACUGUCGGGCCGGCUUGCCCGGGUGGAGAACGCCCUCAACAGCCUGGAGGAUGAAGCACCACCAGAGGAGAAGCAAACCCUGACUGAGAAGCGAAAGCUGCUGAUGCGGCAGCACGAAGACGCCAAGGAGCUGAAGGAGAACCUGGACCGUCGGGAACGACUGGUGUCCAGCAUCAUGGAGGCCCACCUGGACAUGGAGAGCCUGGACGACUACAGGCACUUCGUGAAGAUGAAGUCUGCGCUCAUCAUCGAGCAACGCAAGCUGGAAGAUAAGAUCAAGCUGGGCGAGGAGCAGCUGAAGUGCCUGAUGGACAGUCUGCCACUAGAGCAGAGGCCACUGCUCUGAAUCAGACAAGAGGAUGAACCAUGUAGCAUUUUUAUAUGAACAUCUUUGAAUUGCGUGUGAGUUUAUGACCUCAGCCUAGAUUUGAUGCUGGUGGAGUUGCUGUUGUUUGUUAAAACCAAACUGAGGAGCCUCAGAAACCAAAUCAGACACCAGGAUUAGUCAGUUACACCUUAAACAGAGUGGACCACCACUGCUCAUUUCCAGCUCUUAUUGUGAUUCUUGGACUCUAAUAGAGUAGCUUCACAUGACUCACAGGUUAAAAUUGUUCCUUUUUUCUGGGCCCUGGUGCAGCACGACAACAGCUGUUUUACCUUCUAUAUGUCUGACUGGUUGCCCCUCGUAAACAGUGGGUGGGACUUCUCCACGACAUAAUUUAAAGCAAAGACUAGAAAAAAACUGUCCAAAACCGAGUGUUUGGAUCUUUUGGGCCACAGGGAUGGCCAUACGUAGUAUGAACAUAAACAUAGAGCACAUAUAACAGGUCCACUUUAAAACUGUGGGGUGUUUUUGAUGGUCAGCUUUUACUCAGAAGGAUUCGACAAGAACACAAAUGUGUUGUCAUUUGAUUAGUGGAAUCAUGCCAGGCAUGUUUGUCUUGGACAUACAGGGCGGCAAGAUACCUCUCUGCUUUGGUCUAUUUCUCACAUUAUUUUGCUGCUUAACAGACUUAAUUAAAGUCAGUAAUAGAUAAAACCAUUAUUGCGUGCAGGUGCUGUGUCAGAACUCCCCUUUUGGCAAAAUGGGCUCAGAGUGUCAUAACAUUACUCGUUACCCAAGCAGAGGCUGACAAAUACAGAUGAAACCAGAAACCAUAGACUGUAUAUAAAAGAUGGGGGACCACAACGUCACCAUUUGGUUAGCGAAUUUCGCUUAUGAAGCCUUAGCUUGAGAUUUUUUGGUGUCUUUUAUGGGCUCAAAAUGUGGUCAUAAAUAUUUUGUACUUGUAAAUCGGU